UUUGAAGUUUUGAAAACUGAUUUGGUGUCUGUCACUCUGCUUUAUUGCUCUGCUGCCUUCUUCUGGUAUCUUGGAAUCUUCCUUUCUUUCUUUCCAUUUAUAAAACCACAUUUUCAGUGAAGUACACAACUGAAACUAUCAUAAAUCCUUCAUCAAUUUCCUUUUUCACUUUUCUCUUUAAGUACAAAAUGGAAACUCAAAAAUUUCCAAUAGAUGAUGACACUUUAUUAUUAUCUGAUAUUUUCAAUGAGACAGAGUUUGGAACAGAGGAUCUUUUUUCCAUUUUGGAAAAUUUCAAUAACUUUCCUCCCAUUAUAAAUGAGCAAAACUCAAAAACAACUUCUUCAACUGCUCUUCAAGAUUUUGAAACUGAGCUUGCUGAAACAUCACACAAAUGCAAGAGACAGAAGAUUGUUCCUAGUACUAUUGAGGAACCAAAUAACAAUGAUGGACAACCUAGAAUGUCGCAUAUCGCGGUGGAGCGUAAUCGGAGGAAGCAAAUGAAUGAGCAAUUAUCUAUCUUGAAGUCACUUAUGCCUUGCUUUUAUGUCAAAAGGGGAGACCAAGCAUCAAUAGUUGAAGGAGUAAUUGACUACAUAAAUGAGUUACAUCAACUAGUACAAUGCCUAGAAUCCAAGAAACAAAGAAAAGUUUACAAUGAAGUACUAAGUCCAAGACUAUUAAUUUCAAGUCCAAGACCUUCACCACUAAUUAGUCCUAGAACAAUUUUACCAAUUAGUCCAAGAACUCCACAUUCACAACAAUGGUUGCAACAAUGUGGUGGUUAUCUUUCAUCUGAGCCAUCUCCUACUUCUUCGGCAUCUUCCAUCAACGACAACAUCAAUGAGCUUGUCGCGAAUUCAAAGUCUUCGGUUGCUGAUGUUGAGGUUAAGUUUUGUGGUUCUCAUUUGAUUUUGAAAACAGUUUCGUCGCCAAUUCCCGGACAAGCUUUGAGAAUUAUGUCUGUUCUUGAAGAUUUAGCUCUUGAAAUUGUUCAUGCUAGUGUUAAUACUGCUGAUGAAACCAUGUUAAACUCUUUCACUAUUAAGAUUGGAAUUGAAUGUCAACUUAGUGCUGAAGAACUUGCUCAACAAAUUCAACAAACAUUCUGUUAAAGAAAGGUUUUUACUAGAUCGAGACAAGACCAAGAAUUAAUCAUUGAACAUCUCUUAUUUUUACCUUUUAACUGUUUUUGUACUUUUCAGAAGAAUAGGGUAACAAUAGAAUUUUGUUUCUUGUAUUAAUUGACUAUAGUAAGUACUGCUGGUGUAAUUGAUCAUGACUUGACUUAUUUUGGAAUUUUGUGUCAUUCUAU